GAGAAAACACUCUCCUUCUGCUCCUAAGCUGGCAGUGCCACAUUGUUCUAGAGAAUACAGGCCUCCUUCUCUUCUGGAAGUUUGGAAAAGUACUGUGGCAUUUUGGUUUUCAAACAGGACCAUCUUUUCUGGAGGGCUUUUGCACUUUUGGUUUGACUACCAUGACGAAGAUGCUGGCGCCCCUGUGCCUCUGUAGGGUCACCGUGGCAUUGGCACUGCUGGCCAACCUGGUGCACUUGAGCUCGGCCUCAGAGUACGAGUACAUAUCCUGGAAGGGCGAGUCCUUCGGAGGUGGCCGCGUCUACGACAAACCUCCCCAGUGCGUGCCCAUCCCGGACGACCUGCGCCUGUGCCACGGCAUCGGCUACAACCAGAUGCUGCUGCCCAACCUGCUGGAGCACGAGACCAUGGCCGAGGUGAGGCAGCAGGCCGGCAGCUGGGUGCCGCUGGUGCACAAGGCCUGCCACCGGGGCACCCGCGUCUUCCUGUGCUCCCUGUUCGCGCCCAUCUGCAUGGACAGGCCCAUCUACCCCUGCCGCUGGCUGUGCGAGUCCGUCCGCGAGGGCUGCGCGCCCAUCAUGGAGGCGUUCGGCUUCCCCUGGCCCGAGAUACUCAACUGCGACAAGUUCCCGCAGGACGACGUGUGCAUCAGUUCGCCCAACGUCACCGAGCCGACCCAACCCAACGGUUUGUCUCCGGUGUGUCCGGCCUGCGAGGAAAACAUGAAGAACGACGCCAUUCUGGAGCACAUGUGCGCCAGCGAGUUCGCCGUCAAGACCAAGAUCAAGGAGGUGAAGCGCGAGAACGGCGACCGCAAGGUGAUCCUGCAGAAGAAGAAGAAGGCGCUGAAGCUGGGCACGCUGAAGAAGAAGGACCUGAAGACGCUCACCAUGUACCUGAAGAACGGCGCCGACUGCCCCUGCGCGCAGCUGGACAACCUGGGCAGCACCUACCUCAUCAUGGGCCGCAAGAUGGACAAGCAGUACCUCAUCACCGGCAUCCACAAGUGGGACAAGUCCAACAAGGAGUUCAAAAAGACCAUGAAGAAGCUCAAGAGCCACAAGUGCCCCGUCUUCGAGAACAUCUUCAAAUGAGGCGCGCUGACGGUGUCCGGUGGACGUCCUGAGUGUUUUUUUUUUAUUCUAUGAACUUGCACACGUGAGCGACCCGAAAGAGCCCCGCCCCCUUCGAUAUACAGCUUAUAUUAUAUAUUUCUACGUGUACUUCCAGACCGACGCCUAGUUUUGUUUGGUUUACUUGUUUGUUUGUUCGUUUGGGUUCUUCGCUUUUUCCACUGAACGGUACCGAUACGGAUCCGCUCCAGAAACUAGAACACUGUACGGCCAAAAGUAUUCGGACGCCCUUCUAAUGAUCGACUUCCAACAAGUGUAGUAAAUCAACCAUAUAAUGGAAGAUACAUGCGGUAACAGUUUAGGGAAGGCCCUUUCCUGUUUCAGCAUGACCGUUGCCCGCUUGGUUUAAAGAAACACCAGUGUCCUGCAGCUCUGGAAAGAACCAGAACCCCAACCGAGGCUUUCUUGAGAAUACAAUAUAAGUCUCUUUUGACUGAACAGGCACAAAUUCCCAUACACAGACACACUUCAAAGUCUUGUGAGAAGCUUCCUGAAGGCCUCAGCUCCACUCAACAGCUCUGGAACGAACCGGAACAUCAACCAACGUCAACGCCCAGUCGUACGAUCGCUCUUCAAAUCCUGACAGACGUAUUUCACUGUCUGGUGAGAACGUCCGAAUACUUUUGGCCAUGUAGCGUAUAUACAAACAACCCGACACGACUCCUGGAUUGAAACGUUCGGUUCACCUGGUACCCCGGUCAAGGGGGUAAACAAGGACGGGCAUCUAAACAGACCUGUGAACACGCAGACCACUCCACUGAUUGGCCAGUACACCAGAAGCUGACCCUAGACACUGUUAACUGAUGCGUAUGUCACAUGUUCCUGGGUUCUGUUGGGAAGUUCUGUAGGAACUUCACACAGACGCGCAAAUAAGGUGGAGAUCAAGGGUCAGGAUCCCACUAGUCCCACGUACCCAGCCAGCUCUACCAGAACGAUGCAUGUCAACCAGUGGCGCACCACUAACUUCUCUCUCUGAUGUAUCCGAAGCCCUCGCGGUAGCCGGUACCGUUCAGUGGAAAAUCUCAUGGCUGGAUGGAACCCCAUCUACCCGACACGCUAUCCACACCAAAAAUAAUAAUCAAUCACCGAUCUGUACGUGUUUAUACUCUGAGAAGAAUGUGCCGACCGGAAACCGAUCGGAUCUGCUCUUGAAUGUACCGCGGCCGCCGCCAUUAGCUCGUCCUUUAUGGUCCUCGUAUACUCAAACUGUGAACUCUCGGAGCCUCGAACUUUAUCUUCAUCCUAGCGGGAUCGCUUCAUGCUUCGCCGGUCAUAAUCAACCGCUCGCUAAUCCACUCGCCGUCGCCUUCAUUAUAGCGUCGAUCCGAGCCGAAAACAGACCACGUGCCUUUAACCCGGUACAGAAACGAACGGCGGGCGCAGCGUGACUGGACUGACCUGAUUAACGCUUCUCUUGGUUAAAAAUGCACAAAUACGCAAAUCACACGUCUAUUAUUUUCACUUUCACUUUGUUCCUCUUCAGUGUAGCACUAUUAGUCUGAUCUUUUUUUUUGUCUUUUGUAAAAUGUCGCCGAUCAUUUUUGUACAUAAAAUUCUAACCCGAAUAUUAAAGAAACUGUGACGAA